AUGUCAACUAGCGAUAAAACUCCUAAAGAACUAAUGGAAUAUCGAAAUUUAGGUCGAACUGAUCUAAAAGUUAGUUUAUUAUCAUCUGGAGCAUGGGGUAAUUAUUUUUACAAAAAUUUUUGGGGUACAUCAUGCUAUCAUCCACAAGCUAUUAAAGCAAAUUUAAAAGGUUUAUCACGUAAACGUAUUAUUGAAUGUUGA